GAGAGAGACAGAAAGAAAGAGAGGGAGGGAGAGAGAGGUGUUCUCUGAGGGGUCGAGCUGAAGACUGAACAGUUUGGGGGUGUGCGUGGUGGGUAGGUGGGGGCCGGGGGGGGAUCGCGCGUGGAGGAGUCUGACGGGGGGCCUCCGCCAUGCGUCGCACCAUCAGGGCGCUGAACAGCUUCCGCGGGUACAAGCGGUCGGAGGAGGACGACGACGAGGUGUUUGUGAGCAGCCCGGGACACAAGACCCCCUCCCCCGGCGGUCCUCCGGGCCGGUCCGACUCCCCGGUCUACACCAACCUCCAGGAGCUGAAGGUCUCCCAGUCCAGCCUGCCGCCGGCGCCCAGCGGCUCCCCGCUGGCCGUGCUGGGAGACUGGGAGACGCACAAGGACCUGAGCGGGCGCCACUUCUACUACCACCGCGGCUCGGGGGAGCGCACCUGGAAGCCCCCCCGGGGCCGCAGCGACACCGCGGGGGAAGGCAGCCGGGGGGGCGACGCCCACGGAUCCACGGAGGCGGAGCCUCUUUCUUCGGAGGACAACUGCCACAGCACCCACUCGAGUCAGUCGGACAGCCAGUACGGCUCGCCCCCUAGGGGCUGGUCGGAGGAACUGGACGAGCACGGACACACCCUCUACGUCUCUGAGUACACACGGGAGAAGUGGAUCAAACAUCUGGACGAGCAGGGUCGGCCGUACUACUACAGCGCGGAUGGAUCCCGGUCUGAGUGGGAGCUGCCCAAGUAUGCCGUCUCCCCCCCCCAGUCGGGUGAGGCCCCCAAGAGCCGCAGCCUGGAGAGGAAGCACCCGCAGAACCCCGACCCCAUCGUGCUCACCAAGUGGAGACACAGCACCUACGUACUGGACCUCAACGACAAGUUCUCGUUCAAACUCAGACGCUUCGGUUCUGACCCGCGCAAGAGGAGAAUCCAGCUCCCCCUGAGCCCACAGAAAGAGAGUGCGUCGGCCUGCGCGCCCAAACAGAGCCCCCCCGACUCUGACUCCUGCCCCUCCUCUCCCAAGCACCCCUCCACCCCGUCGGAGAAGUGUGGCGUCCUCAACGUGACCAAGAUCACGGAGAACGGGAAGAAAGUCAGGAAGAACUGGACCUCGUCGUGGACGGUACUGCAGGGGUCCUCGCUGCUCUUUGCUAAAGGGCAGGGCGGCAGCACCAGCAGCUGGUCGUACUACCGUAGCGGCCGCAUUCCAGAGCUGCUGCUCACGCUGCUUAGCAACUGGAAGCGCUCGGUUAAGCUCCGCCCCGCUGUCUCCUAUGCCAACUGUGGCAAUGUCCACACCACCACUAAGUUUGGCAGCAACCAGUCCAAACCAGAGUUCACGGUGGACCUCAGGGGCAGCUCUGUGGACUGGGCCAGCCGGGACAAGUCCAGCAAGAAGCACGUCAUCGAGCUGAAGACCCGUCGGGGGACUGAGCUCCUGAUCCAGUCAGAGAUCGACAGCGUCAUCAACGACUGGUACCGGGCCCUCAACGAGACCAUCAGCGCACACGCCUGGGAGUCUGACGAGGCCAUCGAGGAGGACAUGCCAGAGUCUCCGGGGUCCGAGAAGCAGGACAAGGAGAAGGACCACCGGGACUCCAAGAAGAACCGUGCCAUGAAGACGUCCGUCAGCAUGGACGUGUCGGACCAGAAGAAGACCCGCGUGAAGCUGAAGAAGUUCCUGACCCGCCGGCCCACCUACCAGGCGGUCCGCGACAAGGGCUACAUCAAAGACCAGGUGUUCGGCUGCAGUCUGACCAGCCUGUGUCAGAGGGAGUGUGGCUCAGUGCCCGAGUUCGUCACCAUGUGCAUCGACCACGUGGAGAACACAGGUCUGGACGUGGACGGGCUGUACCGGGUCAGCGGCAACCUGGCCGUCAUCCAGAAGCUGCGAUUCGCCGUCAACCACGACGAAAAGGUGGAGCUUGACGACAUCAAGUGGGAGGACAUCCACGUGACCACGGGGGCCCUGAAGAUGUUCUUCAGAGAGCUGCCCGAGCCGCUCUUCACCUACGGCUCCUUCAACGACUUUGUCGACGCCAUAAAAUGCUCCGACUACAAGCAGCGUGUGAGCUCCAUCACGGAGCUGAUCCGGCAGCUGCCCAAGCCAAACCACGACACCAUGCAGGUCCUGUUCAGACAUCUCAGAAGGGUGAUCGACCACGGCGAGGCCAACCGCAUGACGACCCAGAGCGUGGCCAUCGUGUUCGGGCCCACGCUGCUGCGGCCCGAGACGGAGACGGGCAGCAUGGCCGUCCACAUGGUGUACCAGAACCAGAUCGUGGAGCUCAUCCUGCUGGAGUACGAGGGCGUCUUCGGCCGGUAGAGACCCCCCCCGUCCCGGGCCUGCGGGGGGGGGGGGGGGGGGGGUCCUCGGAGGUCGGUCUCGGAGCGGACUCCGGGGGGGGGCGCUCACACGUGGAUACUGUUCCAGGAGGGGGCGGAGCCUGAGAGACUACAGGGGGAGAACGAGACUUUGCACUUAGUUACGCUUUGGAGUGG